AUGCCUUAUCUGCCCUCAACCCCGUGUCUUGCAAGAGCAGACGUUGUGGAGUUCGCGAAGAAAACGCCCAAGCAGUUCUCGGACCUCUCCGUAGACAUCAAGACCCUCAUAGUCGAGCAUAUCGCUCGCCCCACGGAUCUCGUCAGAGUUUGCCUCACGUGCAAACAGCUGCAUGAGAUCGCCGUUCGCUUUCUCUACAACUGCGUUGUUCUCGAUGUCGGCAGCUCUAUGAUUUCGGAGCUCAGUGCUUUUCUGAACCCGCGCAACAUCGGCUUACCGCUCAUACGCAAGCUGGAUCUGUACCAGUCCGACAUGGACAGCUGUUGCAUUCAGGUUCACCAGGCUAGACAGCAGCAGGCAAACUUUGCCAUCCGGAUGAUUCUCGAGCUUCUUCCAGAGAACAUUUUGGAAGACAUGAGCUGGUAUCCGUGGACCGAGUUCUCAACUGACAACCUGCUUCUGCUCUUCAAGAAGCAGAAGCGGCUGCAGUGGGCCGAGGGUAUAUUGACAGACCGCGACGUUCUUCCAGAGCUGGAGAAGCUUCCCAACUUCGAUACGAUGUUCUCCAAGAUCACCAAGGUGGGCCUUUAUCCGAACAGGACUCGCGUCCUGAACUACUGCGGUGCCAUCAUGAAGAGAGCCCCCAAAGUUGAGCGACUGAUUCUGCAUGCACUCUUUGACGACGGCGAAGAGCAAAUUACGAGCCGGGAACUGAACGAUUCGAGCACCGGGCCGGGGCUCAUUACGACUUCCAUCUUCGGCCAUAUGUCACCCUUCGCAAAAUGCACGCCGCUGGCGCUUACAGACGUUACUCUACAAAAGAUCCACCUGCGAUAUGCGGCGGAAACGUACUGCAAAUUCAUCGACUUCGGCACGGUGCAAGAGCUCCGUAUCUUUUCCUGUUCGGGAGCCGAUGCUCUCCUCGCAGAGCUGAGCAAGAGCACGAAGCUACCACAGAAGCUCAGAGUCCUGGAAUUCAAGCACGAAGACAACGCCGAGGAGGACGCACUGAACGCCCUGGACGGCUUCUUAUGCCUUGUUACCGGCAUCGAGAUACUCACCAUCGACAUACAGGGUGUGAGGAGUCUUCCAGCUUCCGCAGGCAUUACAAGGCACUCCCGGACGCUUAACCAGCUCACGGUUCAUACAUACCGGAACUCGCGUCCAAGCGAUGAAGAAGAACAUGUGUACGAGCACACCCCAUUUCAGGACAUCUGCAAGUGCUCGCAGCUGGAGCAGCUGUCUGUCGGCUUUCCGGCAACUAGCCUUGUACGGGAUACUACGGAUUCCUUCAAGCAUUGGGUGGAGUGCUUGAAUGAUCUUCCAGACCUUGUGACGCUCCAUAUUACGACUUGGCCAAACAACCUGCCCUCUACUUCUCUCCUACCCCGAAAGAUCUACGAGCAGCUUCUCGCUGGCCUGGCGCAGUUCAUCUUCAAGGGACGUCCGAAGCUUGCUGUUAUCGCCUUCGGCUCCUCAGACAAAGUCUACGACCGCGAAGACAGCAAGAAUCAGGUCAUCUUCGUCAGAGGCAAACAAGUGGACCCGCUAAGAAACGAGACAUAUGACCCCAAGUUUCCCCGAACAUCAACCUCCUCGGCCGCACCCCGCGCUCUACUGACGAUGCAGCGUGAUAGCCCGCCGGCGUUCUCCCGGACCGCCUGGAUGAACUCUCCAAUGUCGCAGUAUCCGCCGCCGCCAUUGCCGGACCAGCAGCAUUACCCGCCACUGUAUCCAGCCGUCUCUGCUGCGCAGCUUGCAGAAACCAGCCAGCAGGUCCAGGAGCAGCUACAGCAUUACAACCAGUCUGUCAACGCGCAGCCCAUCUAUCCGAAGGUCGAGCCAAGUCUGCUCGACCCGAACCAUGCGAACAAUGUCAAUAACGGCGAGCCGCGCGCCACAUCUCAAGCUGGCCCCGAUGGACAAGCAAAAGGAAACAGGCUACGGAAGGCGUGCGACUCAUGUAGCAUACGCAAGGUGAAGUGCGAUGAAUCCGGCCCACCAUGUCGCGCCUGCGCAGCCCUAGACAUACCAUGCACUUUCGAGCGACCAAGCCGGCGACGAGGUCCACCAAACCGACACGCUGAAGCUAUCAAGAAACGGCGCCUGGAAUCUCCCACCGCGUCAGGGCUCUCAACGCCAUCUUCACCGACGAAUGCCGCCCAUGCGCUCGCAUCGCUGUCCUCACAUCCCACUCUAUCCGCUGAGUCAAUAUGCUCCUUGGACGUGAUCGACUUGCUGGUCAACGACUAUUUUACGUACAUCCACCCGUUAUGUCCGUUCCCACACGAGCCCUCAUUUCGAGAAGCAUAUCGAAAGCGGGAAGACUACACCAACCGGCCUUUCCUGGCGUUGCUGUCCUCAAUGAUUGGCAUACUCGUCGCCUCCUUCCCUCGAAAACCGCGGCAACACUUGAAGGCUCGAGGGAAAGAGAACCUCUUCCCGAACCACAUGAGCCUGGUCAACAGGUGCCAGCAAGUCUGCGUCGCGGCUCGAGGGUCAGGGUAUCUGGAGAAGGACGACCUCAACGUGUACGAUGCGGCUACUAGCUACUUCCUUGGAUUGACAGGCGCGUACACAUUUCGGUGGCGUCAAUGUCGUCUUUACUUUGGAGAGUGCUUGACAAUCAUAAGGAGUCUGGGGUUGCACCACCACAGCAACCAUGAGCCGUUCGGAGUGGCCCCAGUCCUUCCCGGCCUUGACGGAUCGCGACCAGGUUCCGUCGACUUCAUCACACAAGAGAUGUGCAGGAGGCUCUUUUGGACAGUGUUCGUGGGCAUGAAAUCGAUGCAGCAGCUAGGGGCAACAUAUGGCGAACUCGUGAUACUGCCCUCGACACCUUCCGAGCCGCAUCCACCACUGCCGCUUGAGGUCGAUGACAUCUACAUAUAUCCGGCGCACAUCGAGCAGCAGCCGCCAGGCGUGGUGUCGCUUAUUACCGGCUUCAACCUCAACGUCCAAAUAUAUUUGUCCUACGAACCGCUAGUGACUAUGGAGAUUGCUUACGGGAUCGAUCACUGCUUCGACUGGGAACGACAGAAGCACGUCAUUGUCGGGUCUCUCAAAGCCUGCAAGCGAGCACUAGAUCGGGUUCCACCUGAGCUGGGCAUGUGGCCGCCAGCCGAUCAGUACGGCGGACAGCAAGGUCAAUCCUACUAUCCAAACAUGCAAUACCAUGAUCCGGCGCUUAUUGGCAGUUUUGACGCAGAUCCCGAGGCCUCGCUAGAAGAACGGAGAAGAGUCCAGUUUGAAAUUCAAAAGGCGAACGUCUACGUUAGCCAUCUGGCUACGCGGUCACACAUCGUGGAAAAGUACUGGAAUCUUGCUGAAGUACACAUUCGGAUGAAGGGGACUGGGUCGGCUUCUACUUCGCCCGGCAUCGCGGCGGCUGGCUUGGAUGCGAUGAUGGGGCAGCCGUCGACGCCAGGUUACGACCUUACGGACCAAGAGAUGGGCGCUGAGAGGGAGAGCAUCGUUAAAGACUUACUGGUGGUGCUGGGAAGCAUUAGCCAGAUCAACAUGGAGCCAAAUGCGGACAGCUUGACACAAAAAAUCAGAUCGAUAGCCUCGACACUCCUGGAUGACGGCCCAAAGAUACGAAAGGGCGUGGUCGCCCAUCAAGCACAGCAGUACCUCGCUCGCUUCCUCGAGAUUCUUGUCAGCCUUGAGCGGGUGAGCCCUGCCAAUGGCGUCCAAGAACAUCAACUCGAUGAUGAGGAAAGCGAACUCAGGCACUGGGCUGAUCUGCGCGAGUAUCAGACAAAAUUUAAUGAGGCGGGCGGGGUCUUUGGCUUUGCGUAA